AUGGCGAAGCUGUCUACGGUUUGCUUGCUGUUGGCACUCCUCGUCACUGGGCAUUUGAUGUCAGGUAGCCUCGCCAUGCCCAAAGACCACAAAGGUCCCAAAGAUCACAAAGGUCCCAAGUGCAAGGGUUGGCACGAUCUGGUUUCGCAAUGCUCGCGCUACGUAGCGGUCGGCAAACCGGUGGAUAUUCCCACAAAACACUGCUGCAAGGUGGUAAAGAAAGCCGACUUUUCAUGUGCCUGCAAGAACAUUACUGCUUCUCGCCACAAGAGGAUCAACGUGAAGAAGCUUGUGCUCGUGGCCAGCUACUGCGGGAAACGGCUUCGCCAUGGUACUCACUGUGGAAGUAAGUCGAUCAUUUUCUACUGA